CCAACAAUGGCCCGUACGAAGCAGACCGCUCGCAAGUCGACCGGAGGCAAGGCGCCCCGCAAGCAGCUGGCCACCAAGGCCGCGAGGAAGAGCGCGCCGGCCACCGGCGGCGUCAAGAAGCCCCAUCGCUACAGACCCGGAACCGUGGCCCUGCGUGAGAUCCGUCGCUACCAGAAGAGCACGGAGCUGCUGAUCCGCAAGCUGCCCUUCCAGCGUCUGGUGCGUGAGAUCGCCCAGGACUUCAAGACCGACCUGCGCUUCCAGUCGUCGGCCGUGAUGGCCCUGCAGGAGGCGAGCGAGGCCUACCUGGUCGGCCUGUUCGAGGACACUAACCUGUGCGCCAUCCACGCCAAGCGCGUCACCAUCAUGCCCAAGGACAUCCAGCUGGCCCGCCGCAUCCGCGGAGAGCGUGCUUAACUUCGCGUUGUAAGCGCACUCAGCAAAAUCGGCCCUUUUCAGGGCCACCCAAUUUAUUCCAGUCAAAGACCAAAACAAUACAACCACGAUCUGAUUUGUAAUUUCUUAGAUUGACGACAUAGCUAGUAUAUAAUAAGCUACUAUUUUUCUGAGAAUAAGUUUCCUGUCUUCUGCAAUGCAAUGAUUUUCUACAGUAUGUACAUAUGUUGAUUUUUGUGUACAUAUUAGGGUUCCAAAACACCCGGGCUCUUUACAUUUUGCCCGACCCGCCUGGGUUUUAUUGGUGCAUAUUAUGCCUUUAUUGGAUUUAACUGAUUCAGAUUUGCUAUUCACUGUAUUUUUAAUAAACGAAGAAAUUUACUCCCCAUACCCCAGAGGGCUUCCCAAUAUUGCAAUGCGCAAAAUUACAGCACUACUUUUUAGCGUUAAAUAAACCGGCCAAAAGACGCCAUUUUCUACUUCCCGCAUAAUAUUUUUAUCUUUGAUAAUGAAAAUAUUGGAGCCAUGGGUAAGAAAGUGGGUUUUGUUGGGGGGUUUUUAGCCUGGUUUAAACCCGACAAAGCCCUGGUUUUAAAAAUUUG